AUGUGCACCGUCUACUAUGGCCCAGUCAUUAACCCCCAAUCACUCACUGACUACCUUGCUCUUCCUCAAUGCUUAAUCUGCGUAUCCCCACAGGGUAACAUCGAAUGGCUCGUUGAGGAUGUAGAGAGCACAAAGCUCAACGAUGUCCUCUCGCAGCAUGAUUAUGCCCCUUCUGAUAUCACUCUCAUUCGUUUGGAUGAUGGGGAAUUCCUCAUGCCUGGCUUGGUUGAUACCCAUACACAUGCUUGUCAAGUCCCUAAUCUCGGCGUUGGUGGGGAGUUAGAACUCCUGCAAUGGCUCGACAAUUACACGUUUCCGACGGAAGCUAGGUUCAAGGACGUCGCAUAUGCCAAACGCACUUAUCCUCAUGUCGUACGGCGCAUAGUCAACUCGGGUACAACGACAUGCUGUUAUUACGGUAGUUUGCAUCUAGAAGCAACCAAGGUUCUAGCCAGUCUCGUCCACACCGCGGGUCAAAGAGCGUUUGUCGGAAAAUGCAAUAUGAAUCGGAAUUGUCCACCUAAUUACAUCGAACCGUCUGUCAAAGAAUCUGUCGACACCACCUUGGCUUUAAUCAACUACAUCGAAGAGCUACCGAAAGCUGUUGACGGCGAGACAUUGAUACAUCCCAUCCUUACCCCGCGUUUCGCUAUCUCAUGUACCGAGGAACUCUUGACGCGUCUCGGCGAAGUCGCGCAGAGCAACCCAGAGCUUGCCAUUCAGACUCACAUCUCUGAGAACAAAUCCGAGGUUGAACUGGUUAAAAGCCUGUUCAAGACUAACAGUUACGCAGAGACGUAUGACAAGUUCCAUUUACUUCGCAAUAACACCGUUUUGGCACACGGCGUCCAACUCACCGAGGAUGAAAUGGUGCUUAUCGCUAAACGUGGCUCGGGGGUAGCACAUUGCCCGACAAGCAACUUCUAUUUGAGCAGUGGCAUGGCUAGAGUCGGCAUGCUCCUGGAUCAUGGUGUGAAGGUUGGAUUGGGCACAGAUCUCGCUGGCGGCUACUCCCCGUCCAUACUCACUGAGAUCCAGCACGCCAGCAUCGCAUCCAAGAUGCUCGCUAUACAAGCCGUCGAUAACAAGAAAUGCAAGUGCAACGGAGGCCACUCGGAGUCAUCGUCAUCAGGCGAAGAAGACACCCAUUCGCGCGGUCGUCAUGGUCACAAGCACCACGAACUUCAAGGUGGUGAGAAGCAGCCUGGACGGUUCACCAAUCAAAAACUAUCUAUUGCUACUCUCUUGUACCUCGCUACUCUCGGUGGGGCGGAAGUCUGUUGUCUACAGGACCGCAUCGGCUCGUUUGAGCAGGGAAAGGCGUUCGAUGCUCUCCUUGUGAGCGUCCGAGAAGGCGAUACGGGGAACCCUGCGGUAUGGGGCUACAAUCCUGACCGCGACUUGACCCAUGGUGUCACCGCGCAGAGCGCGGACAACAGCUUGGUAGAAUGGUUGGAACGCUUCUUGUUCUGUGGGGAUGACAGGAACAUUAAGAAGGUGAUCGUACAAGGAAGGAUGAUUGGUGGACGGGAUUACCAUCCGUUACGGUAA